CUCCCAACAGCCCUAUAUUACAGGUAUUAUCAGCCCCAUUUCCCCAAUGGCAUGGCACCUUUCCAGAACAUGAGGGCAAAUUGCCCAAGAUCACAGGAGUUGAAAGUGACAGAAGAGUCAAGCUCAAGUUUUCCUAACCAAACCCAAUGCUUUUCCCAUUAAGGGGGAUGGGGGUGCCUCAGCAAGGACAAAGAAUGGCACAAAAUUGUAGAAAAAUGACUAAACAAACAACAACAAUAACUGUGAUUUCUGCAUGGUAUUCACGGAUACUUUUUCAGAAAUGUAUACACAACAUUCAUGUUUUGACUAAAGCAGGAAUUGCCAUAUUGGAGAAAAAUCAGAAUUGUCUUUUUCCUGUGCUGAAGUUUUAAACGUAAACAUUAAAGCAUGUUUCGGCCUUGGUAAUUCAAAAAGCAAAAGGGUGGUGCUGCAUAUUAAUGUGCUUCCACAGAUGCUUAAUUCRCACAUAUCGUGACUCCCCCCCCCCCAUUCUACAGCAUUCUUUUCUGAGGGUGACGACUUCGGUGGAAGCUUUCUUAAAAUUCAAGGUAUGCAAGUUCAAGUGCCUGCCUGAAACACAGGUGGGGCUCACAAUUCACCCUCAGCUUUAAAGGUCAUCUCUGAUUUCCUACAGACCUUCCUCCAACCAGCUCCUUGCAGCUCCCUGCCGCGGGCUUCGAGGAGCCGGUGGCGCCAGGCGCAUUGUGAAGUGGCCAGAGCGUCACAGGUGGUUGGGACCCCCCAGGAUCCAAGGGUGGAGUGGGUGUCCGCAGCGCCUCCUGGAGGCCGCGGGACGCUCACGCAGACACUGGGCGCGCUGGGAGGGAACAUGGAGGGCUUCCGCCACUUCUCCCCGCGGCGCUACAGGAACCUCUGGGACACCUCGCCGCCGGCCGCAGAGAGCAGGUCCCCCAUGCGGCUGGAUGGGCCCGAAUCCAAACCGGCCUCGGGCCCCUGGGGCUGUACGUCGGAUUCGCGGAGUGAGGCGGCAGAGUCCCAGCUGCCUCCCGGGUGUUCGUUCACGCCGCGGCCUCGCAGGCGCUGGUACCACACCUCGCCGCUGGAAAGCCGCAGCCUGACUCGCUUGACCCGGAGGCCCCCAGACCGCGUCCGGAAGCACCGAUUGGGCAGCCGACGCCUAGAAGAAGCCUGGGGGGAGGACAGGACCAAGCCCAGUUCGGCCUGGCAGCAGCAGCUCCAUCUGCAACCCCAACAGACUCAGUCCUGCCAACGCUGUUCUUCCAUCCAGACAGAUUCGCCCCCGCGGUACCCCGGGGGAGCUUCCAAUCCCCCGAGUGUGGCUUCUGGGGUAGGGAAAGCACCGAGUGAAGACCAGUGGGCAGUGCCGAUCUGCAGCCACGUAGGUCGCUGGUCCUCUUCCUCUUUACACACAGACAAGUCCUCCGUGCCUUCCCAAGAGUUAAGGACCCAGUCGGCCUGUAUGUACACCCAGCAAAGAGACUGUAACGAUUUGAUGGAGUCCUUAGCCAGUCAGUAUCCCCAGCCCAGGGUCUCCAGCAAAGACCCGCAGAACCAGAUUCUCAAGUGCAAACUGGAAGAGACGGUGAUGUCCUCGAGGGACCAGAAGAUCGUGUCCCUAGUGCUAAACCGGCUCCAGAAAGCCCAAAGAAUGCGGGAGCUGCAGCAGCAGGCGGCAGUCGCUUGGGAGGAGCUGAAGCGCUCAGACCAAAAGGUCCAGAUGACCCUGGAGAAAGAGCGCCGGCUGCUGCUGCAGCAGAGUCAAGAGCAGUGGCAGCAACGGAAGGAGCGCAAGGGUCGCCGGGGCCGCGAACAUCACAACCGGCGGCGGGACGGCCACUCGAAGAACGCGAUCCAGGAGGAGAGUUGGUGGGAGUCCCAGCUGCAGGACCCCGAGAACCAGCGUCUAGCGAGGAUGGAGAGGGCGCGCGUGGAGGCCGAGCACCGUAAGCAGUGCCAAGCUCAGCGCCUGCGAGAGCAGGAGAGGUUACUGCAGAGCUUGCGGGAACUGAACAACCUGCAGCUGCGGAAGAGGCUGGAGGAGGCCUGUCACAAAAGGCAGUUGCACUCGAUGGACACCAAGAAGGUCCAAGAGACCAACCUGAGCUCCCUCGUCAAUUAUCAGGCCCGCAAGGUGCUCAUGGACUGCCAAGCCAAGGCCGAGGAGCUCCUCAGAAAGCUGUCGCUGGAGCAGAAUUCCAUGCGGUCCCAAGAGAUCCACCAGGGCCUGCUGAAGGGGCAGUACCGACAGCUGAAGGAGAAGGCCCAGAAGGAGGAAGAGCAGGUCAAGUGUCACGCCGUAGAGUCUGGGGAGCAGAGGCAGAUGCACAAGAGGAUCUUAUUGGAGCUAGCCGAGCAGAAGAGCCAGCAGGAGAGGAGUCACGCACACAGGACCCCCAGGGACAAGGCACAGCGCCUCCGGGAGCUCAACAUCCUGCGGGAGAAGAAUCAUCACAUUCUGAAGCUGAAAGCCGAAAAAGAGGAAAAGUGCCACAUUGAGGGCAUCAAGGAAGCCAUUAAGAAAAAGGAGCAGAAAAUGGAGCAGUUCUCCCGCGGGAAAGAUCCCACCUUGUCAGAGUUUCAGAAGGGCUCUCUCACCUCCAGGAGAGAGAAUGGCAGAGGGCUUCCCAUCAGCUGCUUUGAUCAGAGGACAUCAGAGGCCCAGCUGUGUGCCCAUCAGCCGAGAGGGGGCUAUUGAGAACUGAGGACAAAGAGCUUCAGCCCCAGCAGCCUGAGAGAGAUGUGGCCAAGCA